AUGUUAAAAGAAUAUGAAACGGAAAGUCUUAUCAAAUUUUUGCAGGAAGAUCCUAAAUUAAGAGGCUUAGAACUUGACAAUAGCUUUUUUACGAAGCUUCGUGAUGAAGAAAUCACUGGUAAUUUAUUUCUUAAGCUAACCGGAUGGAAAUUUAAGGAAUAUGGAAUGACAUUAAAACAAGCAUUAAAACUUGAGGAUUAUAUUAAGAAGCUGGGUGCUCGAGAAGCAAAAGAAGCAGGAGCUGAAGAAUCUAUUCUGAAUCCUGCAUAUAGUUUGUGGCUAAAGGUUAUGUUAUCUGCUUUAUAG